AUGUUCGCUAUUAUCGACCUAACACUCGACACCAACAAAAAAAGAGAAAAAGUUUGGGAAAAAAGAAAAGAUCGAAUCGACGUUGCCACCGCUCCGAAAAGCGAUGGCUCCAUCGACCGUGUUUUUCAACGAAAGCGUUUAGCAGUCACUGCGUUAGUAAAAAACGCAGAGAAAGCUGGAUCCCGUUUCACCCUCAGCUCGAUUCUCAUCCGAGGAUGA